AACGACUUGUAAUUUGCAGAGUGAAUAGGACAUGAGAGAGGGAUUUUGUUUCUAAAAAAAAUAAGCUGCUUUCCCAAAACAUUCCCCCCAUUAAACAUGCCCUCAAUACGCAAAACCGCCACCACGACGACGGCGACCAUCUCCUCGCUCUUUCAGAUCCUAAACCACUGACAAAACCCUUUCGUCACACUAAAUUACUAACUUUUCCCCCUUCUCGAAAUAACCCUCUGCUGUCUAAACUAUGUACUGAAGUUUUCCAUUUGUGGGUCUUGCGGAAAGAAUAGGGAACUAUGAGCUGUAAUAAGUUCCAGAUAUUCUAUUCUUUACCCGCAUAAUUGUCCUACGAGUUGGGUUUUUGAUUUCACAUGGCGAAGAGGGUUUACGAAGUCUGGAAAGGGAGAAAUAAAUUCUUUCUUGGAGGGAGAUUGAUCUUCGGUCCAGAUGCCAAGUCUCUACUCGCCUCCUUUUCAAUGAUCAUUGUUCCCGUUACUAUUUUUUGUAUAUUUGUUGGAAGACAUCUUCGCCAUGAAUUCCCAUCAUAUAAUGCAGGAUACGCCAUCAUUGUGGCAGCAAUCAUAUUUACAAUCUACGAUUUGGUGCUUCUUCUGCUUACAUCGGCGCGUGAUCCGGGAAUUAUACCGCGGAACUUGCAUCCACCGGAGGAAGAAUUUCGAUACGAGACAUCAAUAUCACAAGAAAGUGGAGAAAGACAAACACCGACUUUACAAUUCCCACGAACAAAAGAAGUCAUGGUCAAUGGGGUUUCGGUCAAAGUCAAAUACUGUGACACAUGCAUGCUUUAUCGCCCUCCUCGAUGCUCUCAUUGUUCCAUUUGUAACAAUUGUGUUGAGCGCUUUGAUCAUCAUUGCCCUUGGGUGGGCCAAUGCAUUGGAUUGCGAAAUUAUCGUUUCUUUUUUUUAUUCGUGUCUUCCUCAACACUUCUUUGCAUCUACAUAUUCUCAAUGUCGGCUUUAUAUAUCAAGAUUUUGAUGAGAGAUGAGAAGGGAACUGUUUGGAAAGCCAUGCAAGAGUCUCCUGCAUCAGUUGUAUUAAUGGCUUAUUGUUUUAUCUCACUUUGGUUUGUUGGUGGCCUCACUGGCUUUCAUCUUUACCUUAUCUCUUCAAACCAGACAACCUAUGAAAACUUCCGAUACAGAUCAGACAACAGAUACAAUGUUUAUAAUCGUGGUUGCAUAAACAACUUCCUUGAAGUUUUCUGCACAAAGAUAAAGCCAUCAAAGAACAAGUUCCGGGCUCCAAUCCAAGAAGAAGUCCACCGGCCACCGCCAACCACCGCCCGGGAUUCCGGCACCGAUGAUGGUGGUGCGCCGGAGAACCGCCGCAUGAAGGUAGAAGAUGAUCUGGAUUUUGGAGGAGAUAUUUUAAAGAUCUCACAACGUCAUAACAUUGAAGAUAUUGAAUCAGAAAUACGCAGCAGAGGGAAUGAUUCCAUUGAACUUUAACAACCUCCAUUUUUACAUUUCAAUCCUUUCAUAGCUUGUUAAAACUUACAAGGGUGUGUGGAUGGUGUACAUGUUUCCGAGAGGGUAAAAUUGUCAUUUUGAGUCUCUACAUUGGUGUGAUUGUGUAAUGGGUGUAUUGGUGUGUUCUUGUGGAACUGGCUUCAUUCUUUGUGUAUAGUAACUAUUUAAGUUUUGGUCCGGUCUUUAAAAUCGGAAUUG